AGUCACUCCCAACAGCAAAACCCAAGAGAUUGAGAGAAGAAAAUCAAAGAAAGAAAGAGAAGAAAAACCCAAAAGAGGAAAAACCCAAGUAGGAUUUUGUUUCAUUUUCGCUUGGUUUCUGUCAAAAGUGGUGGGAGAGUAUCCAUGGCAGCUGCAGCAGCUCCUCAGCUCUACUUCGAUGAGAAAUGGAAGCUGUCGAAGAAGGAAGGAAGAGGGUCUUCUUCUUCAUCAUCCUUCAUGAGGAGUUCUUCUUGUUCUUCUGCUUCUCUCAUGAGGAGUUCUUCUUCUUCUGCUGCUACUUUCAUGAGGAGUUCUUCUUCUUCAUCUUCUUCUUCGAGGGGGAGAUCUUCUUUUACGAGGAAAUGCGCGAGUCUUGUGAAAGAACAGAGAGCCAGGUUCUAUAUUAUGAGGCGAUGUGUUACCAUGCUCGUUUGCUGGAGAGAUUAUAGAGAUUCUUAGAAGGGAAAAUGCACAAAUCUCCAUCUCUAUCUCUCUCUCUUUGAGAUUGGUUGAAGAUCUGCCGUCCAAGAAAGGGAAUGAAGGAAAAGAAAAAAAAAAAACAUUCAUGUUGUAUAUAUUUUUUGUUUUUGCUGGUUUUUUUUUUUCCUUUCUCCUUUCGGAGGAGACGGAUUUGUUAUGUGAGAGAUUACCGUGAGUUGAAGAGAGUAUUUUUAUAGAUUUUUGAAAUAUUG